AUGUCGGUCGACAUCGAGCCUAGCGAGCUGAGCUUCCAGCGGCCAUUCACCUUUGAGGUUUCGCAGACCUUGAGCCUACGCAACCCCAACGCGACCCCCGUCGCCUUCAAGGUCAAGACGACCGCCCCCAAGCAAUACUGUGUCCGCCCAAAUGCUGGUCGCAUUGAGCCCGGGCAGUCGUUUGAUGUUACAGUUCUCCUCCAGGCUAUGAAGCAGGAGCCUCCAGCAGACGCCAAAUGCCGUGACAAAUUUCUUGUUCAGUCUGCGCCGAUCACUGGAGACAAGGAGUUCGCCAGCAUCGCCUCAGUUUUCGAUACUACAGAAAAGUCUUCGAUUACCGAACGAAAGAUUCGCGUCAACUGGCUAGCCGCGGCCGAUAACACCGCAGCAGCUCCAUCGAUUGCCGUAACACCUAGUAAACAGACGAACGGCGCGGACAACGUCGACACCCCGGAAGCCUCGAGAACCUUCGCCUCGCCUAGUGCCGGAGUUGACUCUCCCUCAACCGCACCCCCGCCAUACACUGAUACCCCCAAGUCCCAACCCGAGGACAUCAAGGAAAAGGCACAAGCUGCCGCCGCCACUGCCGCCGCUUCUGUGCAGGCUACAGCGCAAUCUACGGUCGAGACAGUCAAGGAAGCUACACGUACUGAUAGCGUCGUCCGUCAACGUGUGGCUAAGGGUGCCGAGGAGGCGAAGAAGGCUACAGGGCAGUUGGCUCAAGCCGUCCCGCAGCAGGUCCAUGGGGUCUCGGUGCCCAUUGUGGCAAUGCUAUGUUUCUUGUCUUUUCUGGUUGCCUACUUCUUCUUCUGA